AUUCUAGUCUGGGAUCCGCUGCACAGAAAGAAGAAGAAGGAGAACCGUUAUAGUCUCCGCCAUUACAGUUUCUGCGCUUCUCUGCAGUCUUUCAGAUCUGGAAACGUAAAAGUUCUUCUUCUUUAGUAGCAUAAAAUGAUAGCCCUAAUUGAAAUGUAUGUCAGCUCCAGUCGGUAUUAAGAUCUCUCUGUCGGUGUUUAGUGGGUUUUGUUCACAGUCAUCGCUGUCGGUCGGCAGGGUGUGAUUCAGAAACAACACUGAGCAUUAAUGAUAUUCAUCGAAAUCAGAUUUUGCUGUAAUCUUCGACAGAAUGAAGAACAAUUUCACAUUCUUUCAGAUGUGUCUACUAAUGUGCGGACUUCGGCUCUCCAGGACCGACAAUCUCCUUUACUGUACACACAGUACACACAUAUGUUAAAAAAAGGACAAUUAGAGACAACACGAGAGUGUGCUCCAAAAAUUUCACUCAGGACUGCAUUGUUCGUUCACUCACGGGGUUGCAUAGACUGAAACAGGGAAGCGUGCUGACUUUGUUUACAUGGUGCUGUGAACUCAAGCCUCGGAGGACACUUCAGAGGAAUCAAGGUGUCUGUGAUACUGAAACACUCGAGGAAGAAGAGGAGGACCACGAUUCAUUUCCUGGUCAGAACACAAGAGAAGAAUCUAACAAUGGUUUUGGGGCAUUGCAAGACCAUGAUUACCUGGAAACGUCUCCAACCAUGGAAGAGCAGCUGACUGCAGCACAGAAGGAGAUUGCUCGUCUGACAGAGGAAAAUGAAAAUUUAAGAAGUCAGCAGUUUUGUCUACAGCGAUUCCAAUGUGAGCCCAAGAUGAUCGUGUUUUACACAGGAUUUAAUGAUUAUGAGACCCUCAAAGCACUCUACCUGUCUCUUCAACCUACAGCACAGUCUCUGGAGUGUUUGGUGCUGAAACAGAUGAAGAGAAGGCAGUGAUGGAGGGAGAUUCAGUCACUCUAAAGCCUGAUCUUACUAAAAUACAGGGAAUUAAUCGGAUGAAGUGGAGGUUUAGAGAUUCACGUUCAGUCAUUGCUCAAAUCGAUAGAAAUGACAUUUCAUAUCCCAGUCUCCCUGAGAUGUUCGAAGACAGACUGAAGCUGGAUCAGACUGGAUCUCUGACAAUCACAAACAUGAGAACUAAUCAUACUGGACUUUAUAAACUAGAGAUCAACCACAACACUGGGACCUUAUAUUUGAAUUUCAGAGUUACUGUCUAUGAGUCUCCAGCUGUUAUUGAUGCUUUUAAAGGUGAAACGAAGAUUGUAUCAGAGACGGAGGGAGAUCCUGUCACUCUUCAGACUGAUACUGAAACACACGGAGAUGAGCUGAUAGUGUGGAGGUUUGGAGAUGAAGGAAAACUCAUAGCUAAACAUGAUCUAGAGGCCAAGAGUCUAAGAUUAUAUAAUGAAACUGAUGAGAGAUUCAGAGACAGACUGAAGCUGGAUCAUGAGACCGGAUCUCUGACCAUCACAAACACCAGAAUCACAGACUCUGGAGUUUAUAAAGUGAAGAUCAGCAGCAGCAAACAGACUUUAAACAAGAGAUUCACUGUGACUGUCAGCGCACCAGGUUGGUCUCCAGCUGCUGUAGCAGGGCUUGUUGUUGUUCUGCUGCUGGUAUUAUCUGCAGCUGCUGGUGUUUUUUACUAUCUUCACAAAGUCUCUAAACUACAAAAGCAAAUGAUGAAGACAGUCAUAGAGGGAGAAUCUCUCACUCUAACCCCUGGCAUUGAAAUAAACAAAGAUGAUCAGAUACAGUGGCUGUUUGGAGAUGAAAAGAAGAUGACUGUCAUAGCUGAAAUCCAAAGAGGGACUAGAGAGAUCACUGUUUCUGAUGGGAGAUUCAAAGACAGACUGGAGAUGGACGAGGAGACUGGAUCUCUGACCAUCACAAACACCAGUACUGAAGACACAGGAGUCUAUAAACUGAAGAUCAGAGGCGGCAGACUUGUACAGAACAUGUGCAGAAGACUUGUGCAGAACUUUAACAAAAGAUUCAUUGUUUCUGUCACUGAUGAAGUGAAGUUAGUGUCAGUGAUGAUGUGGGCAGAUGUGACUCUACGUGUCAAUACUGAAAUACUGACACGAGACCAAAAGAUAUUCUGGAUGUUUGGAGAUCACAACUGGCUCUUAGCUAAAAACACAGAAGAGAAGUGUGAAGUAGAGUCUGAGUGCAGGGAUUUUAGACUUAAAGACAAUGUGGAUCUGAAUCAUCAGACUGGAGAUCUCACCAUCAAGAAAAUAAAAAUGAUCCACACUGGAGAAUACAGACUAAAGAUCAUCAGAAAUGGCAAAUCCUUAUUCAAGUUAUUCAGUGUUACUGUUUCUGGACAUCAAGUGAAUAAAUCAGUGCUGAAGGGAGAUUCUGUCACUCUGAAGUAUAAAUCUGAAAUACAGGAAGAUGAUAAAAUACAGUGGAAGUUUGGAGAGAAACUCAUAGCUGAAAUGACUGGAGAGAACCGUGAGAACCCUCGAUGGUUUAAUGAUGAAUUCAGAGACCAAAUGAAGCUGAACCCUCUGACUGGAUCUCUCAGAAUUCAACAAACCAGACCUGAACACUCUGGAUUAUAUAAGAUGGAGAUCACUAGCAGUUAUUAUUCAGCAUCCAUACUCUUCAGUCUUACCGUCUGUGAUGAAGAGAAGUCAGUGUCAGUGAUGAAGGGGGAGGAUGAGACUCUACGUGCCAAUACUGAAAUACAGACAGGAGAUAAGAUAUUCUGGAUGUUUGGAGAUCACAACUGGCUCUUAGCUAAAAACACAGAAGAGAAGUGUGAAGAAGAGUCUGAGUACAGUGAUGAUAGAUUUAUACCAAAAGUGUAUCUGAAUCGUCCGACUGGAGAUCUCACCAUCAGGACAAUCAGAACUUUCCACACUGGAAAAUACAAACUAAAGAUCAUCAGAAAUGGCAAAUCCUCAUUCAAGAUAUUCACUGUUACUGUUUCAGAGAAGAGGAGACCAUUGAUGAAGGACUCCACAGAUGAAUGAAUCAGUGACUGUAGAGAUGCUGCUGCUGAAAGCAGAUGAUCCAGAUGGAGUGAAUGAGCAGGAGAGUUUACUUUAAUGAGAUUAGACACGCCCACCAGUGUCAAUCACUCUGACAUCAUCAACACUUCAGCUCCAACAACAAAAACUCAUUUCUGCUUUCAUAAGCCUCUAGAAUCCGUCCAGUUACAGAGAGAAAUGAACCCGUGUCUGUUGAGAUGAUGAACCUGCAUGUAAAAAGCUGCUGUGGUUUCAUAUGAACCAAGAAACAUAGUAAUCAAACACUUUAAUAAUCAUUUUAAUAAUGUUACACUUCAUACCUGUACCUCUGUUAACACAAUACUAGUGUGAGUCUCACAGCUUUGACUGUGUGAUUAUCGACAGUGAGUGUGAGGAAUAUGACUUUCAUAAAAUGUUUUACCACAGUAUUUGAAUUUGAUGUUUAAUGUAAUUAACACCAGUGUCAGAUUAACGUUCAUGUUCAGAACUAAUCACAUGUCUUUGAGAUCACAUGAUCUUCUCUUCAUGUGUAUAAGUUCAUUAGCGCAGCAGAAUAAUAGUCCUUUGCUGCAAUGCAUUUAACGUGUUUAUUGCAGCUACAUUUAAUCUCUUUCUCAUCAAACAGCCAGACUAAUGAAUGACUUGACACAUAUCGAGGCAGAGCCUAGACAAGGCUUGCUUUUGUGUGUCCAUAAAUUUGGCAACUUAUGCAUGUUUAGAUCAGAAUUAUUAUCAUUAUAGUAGUUUAUCUCAGAAAUAAUAAUUUACUUUGCAUCUGCACUCACAAUUACCUAAUAGCCAACAGCUUUGGCACACUGCCUGUUUUAUUAUUGCUGACCACCUAUCAAAAACUGUGUGGCAACGCUGUGCGACUCACGCGACUGCACAGAUAUAGUGAGUGAAGCCCAGACCAGUAUCAAUUUAAGUCAUACACAGAUGUCAUAACUUUUUUUAAAGGAAAUACUCAGAGAUUUGGACAGUGGAGGAACUUGAAAUAAUAUGACAGAUAUGAAAAGAAAUGAUAUUGUACCAUAGUUAAUGUUCACAUCACAUCUAUUAUAGUUCUAUUAUGAUUUUUAUUCAGUAGUGAAAUAUGAAUUUGACAUAGGCUAAUGAUUUUAAGGUGAACUUGUUUAAAGGCAUCUUUACACAGAAAAAGCGGCACAGAAACCAAGUCUGAAGCGGCAUAAAAUCACAAAAAUGUGCAUUUACACAGACUGUUUAAUGCUCCUCUGAAGCGGCAUAAAUGCAUUUACACAGGAAUUAAAAUCGCAGGAAACAAUGCUUUGAACAUAAGUAUUUCAAAACUAACAGUUAACAAAAUUAAUUUAAAAAUAAUUAAAUAAUAAACAAUGAAAUAUAACUCGAAAUAAAAAAAUACGAAAAUUGAAAGUAGUAAACUGCGUGCUAUAGGCUAUCUCACGCUUUGAUGUUUGUCAUAAUAAAAAUUGUUACAGAUGGAACGAUGCAACAAGAAAUUAUUCAUUAUUACACCGGGUAGAUCACAACAGGAUUAAAAGAGGUCGAACAUUUUUUUUUUUUUUUUUUUUUCAAAGAGACAGAAACAACAAAUGAUGCUAGCAUUUGCCUGUAUCAGGCAGCAGCAGAUUACCAGACAGACCGUCGUGUGUGGUAUAUCGUCCUCAAGGACAUGAUUUUUGGAAUAUAAUAUAACAGUACACAAUCAGUGACGCCGAUUGUGUUAAGCAUUUAACGUCACCUUAUUUGAGAGAAAUGUAGCAGUGCGUUGAUCUGACAGUCUCUUCAUAGGAAGAUUACAAACGCUGAAAGCCAACUGAUGACACGACGAUUCUCUGCUUUUAUUUUGGUGGUUUGCUUCACGAUGUGAGUACUGGACUCUUUUACUUCAAUGCCCCUUGUUGGAUGACAUUAUUUUUAUUAUUUGCCCUAUAUGUGUUGUCUCCUGCUUCUUGAAUCUCGCGCCCCCUGAGCUGACUGGAAUGCUUUUGGUUGUUAUGACAGUGACGUAGUUUAGGGCGGCUAUAUUCCGCGUUCAUUUACACUGAACCAGAACAGUAUCAGACUCGCCUUUGAUACUAGGGGCUGAGGUGGGUCAGACCCGGCGUAUUUUAGGUUUUCUUUAAUGCAGCAUUGCGUCUUUACACUGACUCCUGAGCAGAUACAGACCCGCUUCAGAGUAGCUAUAAAUCGGCUGUGUAAAGAUGCCUUUAUAUGAAUAAAACCCUGAAAUAAAACUUUGUACAAUAAACCAGAGAUGAAGGGUUUUCAUAUUUAAUGCCAUCUACCAGUGUCAGAAAUUAACUUAUAUGGGACAAAUGAUUUUCAGGGGUAUUUUUUUUACCUUUAUAUAUUAUUUCUUUCCUAAUCUUAUUAAAUAUGUAUGCUAUCUAUAAUGUUAAAUUCUUAAAUGUAGUCAAAUAAAUUAGAAUAAUAUGACACUAGGCUGUUACCAAUUAAAUCAGUAUCAACCAACUGCAUGAUGCUUUCAGAUGUAGCUACUUACAGUAAAUAAGUAAACUGUAUAAUAUAAUGAUAUUAAUAUUUUAAGCAACAUUUGUAAUUCAGAAAUAUGAAAUGACAAAAUGAAAUGAUUGGAUUAUAUAAGUGAUAUCGCCACUAUAGUGGCGGUAAGUCAUUGUGUUAAGAAGGAGUCAUUUAUUCAUUUGUCGAUUCGUUCAAAACACUGAUUCAUUCAGGAAUAAAAUCAAGUGGCUGUCUAUAUUAAUUGGUCACUGAAUCAUUGUCUAUAUUAUUGGGUUAUUCAAAGACUCUUAUUCAUUCAGUAAUGAAUCAACUCUGUGUGCCUACUGCGAGUCAGUCACAUAACGGUUCUGUGACUUUAUUUGCUUUGGAAGUUUAGUUGGCAGAGAAAAUAACCGUUCUGUCUGCCAUCAGUUAGCCAGCCAAUACUUAAUAUUAAUUAAAUAAUCUCGGUGUAUUGCCUAAAAGAAAAGUUAUGACAUCUGUGUAUGAUGACUUAGAUUGACACCCAGGUUACCAUAGCAACCACCUAGCAACCACCCAGAACACCCUAGCAACUGCCUAGAAACACCUUAGCAACCACCCAGGUUACCAUAGCAACUGCCUAGCAACCACCCCAAAUACCAUAGCAACCGCAUAGCAACACCUUAAUAACUACUCUGUGUACCCUAGCAACCACCCCGAGUACCCUAGCAACCACAUAGCAACAGCCUAUCUAAAAAGCUCAAAAAGCAGUUUGAAUUUGAUCCAAAUUUUCAGAAGUGAUGUGAUUGAUUUGAAUGUGGAAAUUUGAAACAAAAGUUAAAUCUUUCUUCACAAAAGAUCUUCAUUGUGUGAGAUCUCUCUGAUGCACAUUUAUGAGAGAAUCUCAACACAUUGGACAUUUAUAUGAACUCAGUAUUACUGGAAUGACAGAGUUUGUUUCUAUGGAGCACUAAAGUCUUUUUCCUUCUGUAAUGGUGUCCAAUGUUGUUUGAACCCAAACAUUGUUCGAAAUAUCUUAUUUUGUUCUUUUGUUUGUGUAUUUGUAUAUAUAAGUCUGUGUAUAUAAUAUGCUUUCUGUGGACUGCCUCAGUUUUCCUCACAUGGACUGAAAUUGUUGUGCACAGUCUCCUAAACUAAUGACCAGUUCAUCACAUGCUCAAAUGGCAAUUUUUAUAGGCUAUUAAAAUGAAGUUAUGUAGCAUCAUUAAGAACUAACAUGAACUAAAAAUACCAGUGAACAAAAGGUUUCGUUUCAGUGAGUAAUUCACACCCUGACUAGGAACAUGUCGAAGGGAAUCAUUUCAAUAACCCUAUGAUUGCAUAUAAAUAUGGAUAAUUGAAUCGAAUUAAUCAAAUCGCAUCAAAUUUUAAUGUGGAUCAUCUCGAAUCAAAUUGUUCUGAAUUUGCAUAAAACAUUCUUGAAUCGAAUCGAACACCUAUGAAUCAUUAAUCUUAUCAAUAAUGUGUCUGCCCAAAGAUUCACAGCACUAUUAAUUAAAUCUCUAAUGCUAUACCUUGAUUGUGUUGCAUUCAUGUACUGAUCAUGUGUCACUUUUAAGGCAAUCUGUAAAGCACCAUUUAAAAUACUGUUAUUUAUUUUCCUAAUGUAAAAAGUAAGUAUGAAUUGGGUUAUGAAAUAUUGUAUAUAAUAAUGAACUUUGUAUCUUAAUGUCUAUUGCUGUACCUUGUGAGUGCAUGUAUAAAUUGUAACCAGAAAUUCGUUAACAUUUGUGCUGAAAUUGUCCUUCUCAGACGCCGUAGUGAUCAGGUGGUCUAGUGAGCUUAUUUAGAUGGCAGGUGGGCAUGCAUGUUAGAUGCUGAUUGCUUGUUUGAGCCUAAACUUUUAAUAUGGAUUUUAUAAUUUGCAUCAUUUGAACUGAACUGUAUGUAGGCUACGUUGAUGUUGACGAAAGGAUUAUCAUACUUGAUUUGCACUCCUUGGAGAGCGUAGCGAGGUAUAUUGAUUAACAAAAUUAAUGUAUCAAUGAAUGUUUGUUGUAAUAAUGUUUGUGAUGCUUAUCUAAUGUGUUUGAGCUUAUUUGAAUAUGAUUUUUUUUUGUUUUUUUUGUAGUUUUCACAGUGCUGUGAGGUGCUGUGAUUCAUUGCAUGGCAUACGGAAUAAAGAUGCUGUUUGAAUACAUCGCGUUGUCAUGCAUGGUGAAUUAAAAGAAACUUAUGACAUCAGUUGAGGCUUUCAGAUCCAAGGGGUUGUUACAAUGAAAUAAAAAAUUCCCUCCA